AUGGGCCACCACCCAUCCACGGAUCCAAUGGCGGAACCCAGGAGAGGUGAGGUGGCCAGUGCAGCAGAACGCAGCCCCGGUGAGCCAGUGCAGCCCAGGGCUCCAGUGGAGGGACGCUACUUCAUCAUGGAUACAUUUUACGGUACUGUGUGGUUAUGCCCUGCCUGUCCCGGCGCUGUUCCCUCCACCAGCUGGAGCGCAGCCGCUCGCUUCCAGAGAGUGCAUCGGCCGCCUCAUCUCGCGCAGUCCGGUCGUAGCAUCGCUCAUGCACGCGGACAGGCCAUCUCUGCCGUGAGCCAAGGGGAGGUACAGGUCCAGUACCGCUACCCACCGGCUCUGCCGCUGUGGACGAUGGGGCCUUGUCCGAGACUCGGGUGGCCAACUCACCAAAGGCAAGGUACAUUAUAUGAACAGCAGGAACAGCUGGGAGCCCUUGCUGCUCGGGUUGGCACCACGCUGCUUCACACACGGCCCGCAGGGACGGGGCACCCACCAUCCGCCCCGGCCCCCUAA